AUGGGCUAUGUCGCCAAAUCUGACGGUCGUGUGACCAGCGAAGAGAUUGGGCUGGCUAACGCCCUAAUGGACGAAAUGCAGCUGCCUGAGGAACAGCGCAAAGUCGCCCGCAACCUGUUCAAUCAGGGCAAACAGCCGCAGUUUGAUUUCGCAAGCGUGUUGGACCAAUUCCGUCGGGAAUGCCAUCGCAGAACUACCUUGCUGCGCAUGUUUCUGGAAAUUCAGAUUCAGGCUGCGUUUGCAGAUCACCGCCUCGACCCCAAUGAGAGCAAAGUUCUGGCGGAACUGGCAGCGCAACUUGGAUUCCGUCAGACCGACCUCGAGCAGCUGAUCGAUCUGGUGCGCGGUGGUGCCGAGGCUCACGCACAUCCGGAGUCACUCAGCCUCGACGAUGCUUACAGAGUCCUUGGUGUGAACAGCAAUAUGACGCUGGCAGAAGUCAAACGCGCCUAUCGCAAGCUGCUGAGCCAGCACCAUCCGGAUAAACUGGUCUCACGUGGCUUACCUGACGAAAUGAUCGAGCUGGCCAAUGAAAAAACUCGUGAGAUCAAGACCGCCUGGCAAACAGUCCGCAACGCUCGAGAAGAACCAUGA